AGGCGAAGGCGAGGCGAAGGCGAGGCGAUUGGAACGAAGGGGGAGGGCAAAGAUAGCUUAGGGAGAGAGGGACACAGGGAGAGGAAGAGAGAAUGGGGUGGAUCGGGGAGAGCGUGGAGUCCAUCCGAUCUCUCCAGAUCAGGCACCUCCUGACGCAAAUCGUAAGCCUCGGGAUGAUUGUGACUUCGGCGCUGAUCAUAUGGAAGGGCUUGAUGUGCAUUACCGGGAGUGAAUCGCCUGUCGUGGUUGUUCUAUCUGGAAGCAUGGAGCCUGGGUUCAAGAGGGGUGAUAUUCUAUUCUUGCACAUGAGUAAGGAUCCUAUUCGUGCUGGAGAGAUAGUUGUGUUUCAUGUUGAUGGACGUGAGAUUCCAAUUGUUCAUCGUGUAAUCAAGGUCCACGAGCGACAGGACACAGGAGAGGUUGAUAUUCUAACAAAAGGUGACAAUAAUUUUGGAGAUGACAGACUUCUUUAUGCUCACGGUCAGCUUUGGCUUCAGCAGCAUCACAUCAUGGGCCGAGCUGUAGGGUUUUUACCAUAUGUUGGCUGGGUGACCAUUAUCAUGACUGAAAAACCAAUCAUCAAGUAUUUGCUCAUUGGUGCUCUGGGAUUGCUGGUUAUUACAUCCAAGGAGUAGACAUGCUGCAGACAAGUCAUUGUAGUAAAUUACUCUGAACCUUUUUAUUAAUUUUAACCCGGGGAUACUGUUAAGAGUGGCCUUGCCGGUUCAUCGACGAAAAAGAAGCGUCAGUUCAAAUAUGAGACAUCUUAAUUUUACAUCGCGGUAUCUGCCCUUGUCGCCCCAUCACCAUCAGUUUGUCCUGAUGGUCCGUUUCAACAAAACUUUGGCUGCCAUUUUUUUUUUGUCUAUUUUUUUUUUUGCUUCAGUCGAGCCACUGCUCGUAGACUAUGGCUUCGUAAGAUCAGUCAGUGAGGGCUAGCACCCUUUGUAAUGAACCCUCCUUGCCCUAUGUGGAAGGUUCGGUGGUUUUAAGCAGCCAUCUUAAUGUUUUAGCCGCGGGGUGCACACCCUGUUCUGCAUGUAUUAGCUGUCACGAAGCCGCACGUCAGGACUGCUGCUUGA